UUCCCUGUUUUUUGACCUUUGAAGAGUGCCCCUUCGCGGAGAGAGAGGCGCCAUGGCUGCCGCUCAUAGGAGUGGUGAAACCCUAUUGAAGUCUUCUGCUAAACUUCUGUAUCAGAGGCUAUUGAAGCAGGGAAGCUCAGAGAGAAGUGUGGGAAAAGAGCUCAACUCAUGGAUCAAGGUUCCAAAGAAGCGAACCAGGAAAUGGGACGCCGCCCUCUCUGUCAAAGAGCUUCGAAAGCGCAAGCGUUACACCCAAGCUCUCAGACUCUCGGAAACAAUGGCGAGGAAGGGCAUGAGCCCAACAUCUGGUGACGAUGCAAUCCGCAUUGACCUCAUCUCCAAAACUCGGGGAAUAGCAUCCGCUGAGAAGUACUUCAUGGACAGACCUGUACCAGCGAAGAGCCAUCUUGCUUAUGGAGCCCUCCUCAACUGCUACUGCAAGGAAAACCUGACUGAGAAAGCUGAGGCCCUCAUGAUGAAGAUGAAGGAGCUUGGAUUUGUUUAUUCUCCCUUGUCAUACAACAGUCUUAUGACCCUUUAUAUGAAUUCUGGCGACCCUGUGAAAAUACCAUCAAUAAUUCAAGAAAUGAAGGCUAAUAACAUCACUCCUGAUACUUUCACAUACAACAUUUGGAUGCGAAGUCUAGCUGAGGUCCAUGACAUAGAUGGAGUCGAGAGAGUUCUCUCUGAGAUGAAGAGAGACGGCCGAGUAUCUGAAGAUUGGACCACAUUCAGUAAUCUUGCUUCUAUCUAUGCAAAAGUUGGUCUGCAUGAAAAGGCUGAAGCUGCAUUAAAAGAGGUCGAGAAGAAAAAUGGCUUUCGAGAUUUGGUUGCCUUUCAAUUCCUUAUAACAUUAUAUGGGCAGACGGGGAAUUUAGCGGAGGUUUACCGAAUUUGGAGGUCACUUAAGUUAGCAUUCCCUAAAACUGCCAAUAUAAGCUAUCUAAACAUGACCCAGGUCUUGGUUAAGCUUGGAGACUUGCCUGGAGCAGAGAAAUGCUUCCGGGAGUGGGAGGCAUCAUGUUCAGUUUAUGACAUUCGGGUGGCAAAUGCAAUGAUAGAUGCAAAUUUGAAGGCGGGUUUGCUUGAGAAGGCAAAAGAUGUUCAAAUUCGAGCAAAGAGGAGAGGUGCAAAGCCUAAUUUGAAGACUCACGAAAUUUUUAUUGAAUACUAUUUGAGAGAAGGGAAAAUUGUUUUGGUGCUUGAGCACAUUGAGAAGGCUGUUUUGGUUGCCCAGAGAAGUAGGCGGGAGUGGAAGCCUGGUCACGAUGUCGCGUGUGAAAUAAUGGCAUAUUUUGAGUGGCAAAAAGAUGUUGACAGAGCCGAGGGUUUUUGCGCAAUUUUAAGAAAGUUGGGCACGGUCGAUGCCAGGGUCUGCGAGGCUUUGUUGAGGACUUAUGUGGGGGCCGGGAAGAAGGAUGCCAAAAUGGGUCUCAGACUGAGGGCAGAGGGUGUUGAGGUGAACUCUGAGAUGGAGAAGCUUCUUCAAUUGGUUUGUAUGUAAGAUUCUGCGGUUUUGUGGAUCAGUAAGCUGAUUUCAUUGUGGAUGAAAUUCCCCCAAGCUUGUUGAGCAUUUUCAAAAUAAUAUGAGGCUAGUUUCUUUUAUCUUAAGAAUGACAUAUUUGUUUA